GCGUCGUGCGAUGUUUCCCACAGCUGACAUACAGUGAGCUGAGACUCGCAGCAGAACGCGCAGCUCGCACGACGCGCUUCCACAGCGCACUUGGAUUUGGGAGUACCUCAAACCGCAUCUCCCUUGUGGAUCCCAGUAUAGACCGCAGCUAUUGUCCUUUCGGACAGUCUGAUGGCAUGCGUCUGUAGUAGUGCAUGUGGAUUGUAUUAUUAUUUGUAGUUGCACUCAUCUCUCCAUCCACGGCGUGCCCGAUGCAGUGGGAUGGAUGGUGUUAGAGUGGGGCUGAUGAUGGUGGAGGAGAGUGAUGAACAGAGGGACAGCAGCGGCGGCGCUGGCGCAGCGAUGGCCGCGCUACACCAGUGUGAACUGAUCCAGAACAUGAUCGACAUCUCCAUCUCCAGUUUGCAAGGUCUCCGGACCAAAUGCGCGGCGUCCAACGAUCUCACCCAGCAGGAGAUCCGCACUUUAGAGGUCAAGCUCAUGAAGUACAUCUGUAAACAGCUGCAGUGUAAGCAGAAGGUGCCAGACACAGAAAGGCCACCAGCACUGAACAGCUACCCACGGCUGGAGGACUGGUUACGCACCAUCAACGUCAGACCUGAGCUCAUAGAGGCAGUGAACGUGAAGCUGUCAUUGGAUGCUCUGCUGCAGAUGCCCGGCAGUCAGGUGAAGGAAACCAUGAGACGGCUGGGCUCCAGUUCAGAGGACUGCACCAGGCUAUGUGCUGCCCUGAGCUGUUUAAAGAGUGCCUCUGAGUCAGGGGAGUUUAAAGAGGACAGUGGUUGUUGGUUCUCUGAGCCCAUGAGGCGGGACAGUGGUGGCUUGACUCCAGUGGACCAGAUUCCAUUACUAGGAGGUUCCUUGCGCCCCCACAGCCCUUCCCCUCUGGCUCGGCCCAUGACCACGCCCUCAUCCUGGACCCUCUUGUUUAUGGUUUGAAUCUACAUCAAAUCAUCAAAAAAAUCACACAUAUAACACGGUUACGCAGAGAGUCUGACUGACCCCAGCCCAUAUUACACCUCCCGUCCCGUCAGACUCCAUGGACACACCUCGACUCCACCCAUAACCCCGCCCUCCCGGAGGAGACACCGCCUCAAGCCUCCCUGCACACCUCCUCCACCGUCCCGCAAAGUUCUGCACCUCCUCCCCAAUAUCACGCUGACCCGCAGCAAGAGCCACGAGAGUCAGCUCGGCCACCGCAUCGAAGAUACACCCACAAACAAGUGUGUGAAGAAAAACAAGCUGUUUCUGAACGUCCAGAUUAAUGGGAACGGUUGUGAGGACUCUCCAUCACGCUCGCCCACUCUCUCAGCACGGACCCCUGGGACAGCACCCGCCACGGCCCCGUACACUUUGCCAGGCACUCCCACACUACUGGAGGAGCACAUCGGCCUGAGGAACAAUGUUACCGUCCACCGCAGUUCAUCUCAGGCUCUGCAGAGAGACAUCGGUCUGGCUGUCACUCACAGAUUUUCUACAAAGUCUUGGCUCUCGCAGACAUGUCAAGUGUGCCAGAAAAACAUGAUCUUUGGUGUGAAAUGCAAACACUGCAGGUUAAAGUGUCACAACAAAUGCACUAAAGAAGCUCCACCCUGCAGAAUCUCUUUCCUGCCCAUCACAAAGAUCCGUAGGACUGAGUCUGUACCUUCAGACAUCAACAACCCUGUGGACCGUCCUGCUGAAGCACCACAGUUUGGGACGCUACCGAAGGCAAUAACAAAGAAGGAUCAACCACCUGUGCUGAAUCAGCUGGACUCUAGCAGUAAUCCAUCCUCAACCACUUCCUCUACGCCUUCCUCUCCCGCCCCCUUCCAGCAGAGCAAUCCUCCAAGUGUAACCCCGCCCCCAUACCCCUCCCCAAAGGGUCACCGUGACAACCGCUUCCACUUUCCAGCUGCCUGUUAUUUUCAGCACCGACAGCAGUUCAUCUUCCCUGACGUGUGCAGUCCAACCAUCCUUCAUUCAGAGGGACUCCCAGACACUGUUAACGAGAUCGAUCCAUCAGUUGAGGAGAUGCACGCGGAACAAGACGAGGAAGACAACAGAGAGGAACUAGAGGAAGAAGAAGAAGAGGACAUAGAAGCAGAUGAGGAAGAGGAUGUAGCAGUGGAGGAGGAAGACCUGGAGGAUGAAGAGGACGAGCAUAUGGAAGAGAUGAACCAUGGCUCAGAAGGAGAGUGGGAAGGAGACGAGCUGGAUGACCUGCCCAGCACGCGAGGAGGAACCCACUGGAAGGGUCCCAUCUCCCGUAAGGCCAGCCAGACCAGCGUCUACCUGCAGGAAUGGGACAUUCCCUUCGAGCAGCUGGAUCUCGGCGAGCUCAUCGGGAAGGGUCGCUGGGGUCGGGUUCAUCGCGGCCGCUGGCACGGAGAGGUGGCCAUCCGACUCCUGGAGAUCGACGGAAACAACCAGGACCACCUGAAGCUCUUCAAGAAGGAGGUGAUGAACUACAGACAGACGCGCCACGAGAACGUCGUCCUCUUCAUGGGAGCUUGCAUGGCCCCUCCUCAUCUCGCCAUCAUUACCAGCUUCUGCAAAGGCCGGACGUUGUAUUCCGUCGUGAGGGACACGAAAAACACUCUGGACAUCAAUAAGACUCGGCAGAUCGCGCAGGAGAUUGUGAAGGGAAUGGGCUACCUUCAUGCUAAGGGCAUCGUUCACAAGGACCUUAAAUCGAAAAAUGUCUUUCAUGACACAAACAAAGUGGUCAUCACUGACUUUGGCCUUUUCGGGAUCUCUGGAGUGGUUCAGGAGGGCCGACGUGAAAACGAGCUGAAACUUCCUCACGGGUGGAUCUGUUAUUUGGCUCCAGAAAUCGUGUGUAAAAUGAGCCCCGGAAACAAUGAGGACAGACUUCCGUUUUCUAAUGCUGCUGAUGUUUAUGCCUUUGGCACCAUCUGGUACGAGCUGCAGGCGAGAGACUGGCCCAUCAUCAGUCAGCCCGUAGAGGCCACCAUCUGGCAGGUGGGCAGUGGAGAGGGCAUCAGGAGGGUCCUGGCAGAGAUUAACUUGGGAAAAGAGGUCACAGAGAUUCUGUCCGCCUGCUGGUCAUAUGACUCUCGUAAUCGGCCCACGUUCACGCAGCUGGCCGACAUGCUGGAGAAACUGCCAAAACUCAACCGCCGCCUGUCUCAUCCUGGCCACUUCUGGAAGUCUGCAGAGUUGUAGCCGCGUGCCUGAAACAUGAUCAAUGCAAAACAUGAUUCCUGGCUCUGCCUUGCAUGCCUGCUGAAAGCCUGACCUCUUCUGGACUUACAGACUAACAUCGCCUGCUCUUCCGUCUCUAACUUUCUUUGGUUCUGUGGGUGGCGGGAUGGGGGACUGCUGUGGCGAUGCAUAAAACGAAACGCUUUGCCUUUUUUAUUCCUAUUCCUAUUAUUAUUUUCAGAGUGUGCGACUGGUUCUCCCUUUCCGCUCCAGUUCGUGACGUCACGUGAUGCAUUUUUCCCGCUGGAUUUGCAGGACUCAGUGACACUAUGAUGAAGAUGCUCUCUUUCUCUCUCACUCCCUCUCUCUUGUGGUCAUGGUGCCUCUUAGUCCUGUGUGACAUGCCCUGAUUCUGUCUCUGAUUGGCUCGUCUGGUUCAUGCUAACACACCUUUAGCUGUCACUUCUCCUCCAUGGUGUCUGAUAGUAGACGUUUUGUUUCACAAAUGAUAAUGUUCUUAAUGGAAAGUUAUUGAGCUGCGAGGGUCUAACAAUAUGUGGUGUGAGAGUUACAUAAGGGCCCUUACUGAGUACUGAUUGCGAAAAUGAGCCAAAGAGAAGCAUGUGCGUCUUCUCACCCUACUGCAGGGCCUGAUUUUCCACGACGGAGAUGUUGAACGUUUGCAUUAAAGCAAGAUUUCAAUGAACCCAGCAGAACUGUUCCAUAAGCUGUGUAAACAUGAACUCUCGUGUGUGUUUGUGUGUAACGUGCGUGUUUGUAACAUUGUGUAUGUGGAAGGGUGUGUGUGUGUUUGUUUGUUCUGUGAAAGACUGGACUUUGUGGUUUGGAAAUAUCAAUGACAAUGUAAAAUAUUUAUGUAUAAAUAUGGUUUAUUUAUUGUACAGUCAAUGAACAGAAUUCUUUUAAUAUUUAUAUGGACAUUUUAUAUAAAUAUAAAUAUAUAUAAAUACUGUACAUCAUGACAUUUUGAAUAGAUACUGCUGUGGUAUCCCAGAUGUAAAUAUUCUUUAUAUUUUUUCAUGUAAAAAAAACAAAACCAAAAACAUGGAAAACGUUUUUUUUUUUUUAGAAUGGAUUGAUACAUGUCAUGUACAGUCAUAUUUUUGUAUUGCAUGUGGCUACUGUACACAGUGUUUGUUCUCAUCCUUGAAAGACAAUAAAAACAAGCUUGUCGCGUGACUGGUCAAAUCUAUAAAAGU